AUGUCUGCAGUACGUUCGAGCGACGGCGCCUUACACGAAGAGCUAAGCAACAGUACUAAGCUGUCCACUGUAGCGAUCAACACUUAUAAGCCCGUUUCCAAAGAUUGCGUUGUUCAGAUGAAAGAAAUGGAAAUCAUACAGAUCGUUCAACUAACAGAAAGUGGUCUCGUCAACAUACUAGAUCUUAGCUUCCUCUAUCAUAAUGGCACAACCAACGACCAGCCGUUUGCAAACAUGACGCAAGUUUCAUUGGUGAAUCCGAUUGGUCGAGAAAUUCUGUAUAUGCUUGACAUAAAACAGUAUAGCUAUUUUCCAUGGACGUUGAACGCUGGAAGAAAAAACAUCAAAUUACAUAUCAACGAAAGUCAUAAGGAAUGUAUUGAAAGGAAAAACUCCGACCAUGUAGCCGGGAAUAUUCUCAAACAAAUUGUUUUCAGCAUGAAGCAGCCGGCAAAUUACGAAAUUUGUUAUUUGGAAAGAAAAAACAUAUCAGAGAAAGUACGUCGAAUUUGCUGUCAGAUUACAAAGCCAAAUUUCAAGAAAUUGAAUUAUAAAUGCCUUGAAAGAAACUCAUUUCUUCACAAGACUGGUUUUCCGCGUAUUGUUACAAUUGUUAUGUUUGUUGUUUUCCCAUUGUAUUUCAUAUGGUUGCUAUCCUUCUUAUUGAAGUACACUGUGUUCAACUUAGAAUAUUCAGAAUACUGCAAGCUGGAGGAAACUACAAUUUCGCCAUCUUCUAUUGCCCUUAAAAUCAUUUGGGACGACAAGGGUCGCCUAAUAUCGUUUAUCCGCAAGUCUAUAUUAACGUGUUUCUUCUUUUAUUGCUAUUACUUAAUUUGUAAGCCAAUAAAAACAUUCAACUUUGUUGGGUUUCUAGUCCUCUACGGUGGAAUAUCGUUAUCAGCUUUUCAUCUGUGUAGACGUAAGAUUACAGACCCAUUCAUUCUCCUUCGAAAAAUUAAAAUGAGAUCCUUCGGCAGAAAAGAGUACAACAAAGUUGCACGAUUAGCAGGGUACAAGUUACGCCAGGAAUAUGAUAUUGGAGGUUUUGACGACCUGAUCCAUUCACUAACUCUGCUAUUAGACAUAGAGCGAUGGCGAAAAUCAUUGGAGAAGUGUCACAAUGGUUGCUUUCACCCAUGUGUAGAUAUACAGUUCGGAAAUAAUGCUCUUAAAUGUUUGCUGCUAAGUAUAUGCUAUUUACAUUCAAUGUUAUAUUGUUUACUUUAUAUUUGUUUUGUCUUUCUCUAUGCUGUUUUGAUAAUUUGUCUCUAUAUUAUCGGAGUAACGCGUGAUCUCGCGUAUUUCUUCAGGGAGUUGGAAUAUUACGUCGAAACUCCUUACGGUCCAUGGACAAAUCCUUUAUAUCGUAUUCACUAUAUUUUGUUCAAUAUGGGGUUUUGGUUAUUAAUUGGCUAUACUCUUUACUUCUUGGUAUACGCGUCACAGUCUUUCCUAUUAGGAUUGCUUCUAAACCUAAGCAACUUCAUUCCCUAUCUCGCAUCUUUUUCCGUCUUCACAUUUUACUGUUGUAAUUAUUGGAAGUUUUUGGAAGAGGAAUAUAUCUCAUUAAAAUGGAUAAUUUACGAAGCAUGCCAAGAAAUAAAAGCCAAAGAAGACAAAGAAGGCAAUAAUAAUAGCUGCACACGAAAUAAAUCUGAAAAAGUAUUGCCAUUGGUAUCCAAGGAGCUGUACGACAAAAUCAGAGAUACAUAUUUACCGUACAAUACGAACAUAUUUUAUUACAGUUUGAAAAUUUUGUGGUGUUUCAUAUUCUCCUAUGGUAUAUUUGAGCUAGUCAAUAUGCUCAAUGCAUUAAACAUUCCUGCUGCAGCUCAAAUCGUAACAACCAUGAGUCUCAGCAUCAUACCACAUGUAUUUAAUACUAUAGCGUUAAGACAAAGCGAAGCAAAAAAAAAAGCGCGGGAUGAAAAGCUGAAAUUAAAUGUGAAACGCACGGUCGAAGAAUUAACUGUUGGAAAUCCAGAACUAGCUUGGACAGUUAAGGUAUUAAAAUAUCAUAUGCCAGAAGGUGUUGGUAGAAAUAGUGAUGAUGAAGUCGAACCCACUGAUGUACCAAUAGAAACGGACGUUUAGUAUAGAGCUUAAGAUAUGGUAAAUCUAGUAGGCGGACGUGGACAAAGCACGCACUAAAUUCAUGCAGUGUUAACAACAAGGGUAAAACUAUGGAUUCUUUUUGUAAAAAAAAGACAGAUACAGGUAAAAAACAAAUUUUAACUGGUAACGAAUCCAAAAGUAAACCAUAAGUUACUGUUUUUUGUCGCGUCCUCGUACUAUAGAUUAAGCACAACCUAAGUUCCCUAAUAUCUGAGUUGUAUAGUAACAACCAAUGACAUCUAUACUGUAUAUAUUUUUAGUUUAAAUUUACCUGACCGUGUAUAGUACUUUUCUUGUAUGCAAAAAUAUAAAGAGCGUUAAGCGUUUAUACUUAUUUGUAAAUGAUGAUUUUUUAAUACUUUCGAAAUAUAACCGUUUGAAUUUGCGUCUUGUUUUUUAUGGUCUAUGUCUUGACAUUGUUGUGACAGAAUCGUAUACACCAGUGCUGUUGUGAGCAAGUUUGCUUCAUGAAAACUUGUUUAUAGUCUUGUCAAAAGAACUAUAACAAGAAUUUCAGCCGUGUCACAUUUUCUCAACGGGUAACAGCCAAGAUUUCUCAAUACACACUUUCGAUAAUUACGUCACAAAUACUUUUUUCUCUUGGAGCCUCGCUCUCAUCAGUAAAUUACGCAAGGUGAUUGGCUCACAAGAGCGAGGCUCACAGGCCAGAUGACGUAAUUAUGGAAAGGGUGCAUUGAGAAAUACGGUCUUUACCUGUAUAGCUUGCAUUGUAUACGUUGCACAGCGCAUGCAUGUAUAUAAAAUAACAAGAUAAAAUACUUCCUUAAUGUUUUUCAGCUUUUCUUAAUUUUGGUUCACUACAGUUGUUCUUUGAUCUUUAUCAUGCGCUGCCCUCGACGCUCUCGCCUUUGGUAAGUCACUUACUUAUGCUUGAAACAUAUUUUUCAUAAUGUUUGAGAAUAAUAUCUUUUAAAGUUAAAAUUAACCGAAGUCCCUCCCUUAUUUUCGGUACAAGCGACCCUAGUUGAAAAAGUUGGACGUUUCGUUUGAAGGCUCUUCGAGUUCGUCAUGCAUGCAUGCAUACAGAAGUGGUUAAAGAUAAUAAUAGAGAGUUUAAAUAAUAGACGGUUCUGACUUACAGUGAAGGUAAAACGGUAAAGGUAAAACGAAUGGAAGUUAAACCGUAAAAGGUAAAAAGUCUUAAAAAAGGAAAGAACGUGUAUUUUACUAAUUUUAGUGACAAUUAUAUUUAGAUCAUAUAGACAAAAAUGAUGACCGAAAGGAUGUCUAGAAUUUGUCUAGAAUACACUGAUAAAAUUUUAAAACCAUAAGAUUUGCUGUUCCUUUGCUUGCAGAAAAUGUUUUCGUUGGCCUUGCAGUGCCAGAAAAUAAGAUUUUGCAGUCCUGGCACCGACAUGGUAUUAUAAAAAUAAAAAUAUAAAUCACAUGGUUCGUUUCUGUAUUAUGUGUUUCAGGCUCUUGGAUGUUUAAUACAAAUUGCAUCUGUGAGGCGGUCACUCUUCAGCAAUGCAGAGAGAUCAAAAUUUCUGGAUAAAAUUGUCAGUGGAAUCAAAGGGAUACUUGAUUCACCACAAGUAAAUAUAUUUUUAUUUGUUUCAGUAUUGUGUUAGUGUAAACAUACAGUAUAUAUCUAAGCAAAGUGAACGGUAAUUGUACAGGGGUACGAUUGAUGUCAUAGCCACUAAAAGGUACCUUUUACCAUUUUUGUCUUCUGUUUUGUGUUCUGUGUUCUGUGUUUUGUUCUGUUCUGCCCUUGAGUGAAUUAAUCACAUUACAUCUUUCAAAAAGACAAACAUGAUUGAGAUAUGAACAUACACUUUACAUAGUUCUUUACUUUAAAUUGCAGUUUUUACGAUGAGAUCUGACGUUUGUGUUUCAAUUUAUUGUUUCUAGUCUUUAGCUGAACGAAGUAAUUACCAUGAAUUCUGUCGUCUUAUGUCCCGCCUGAAAUCAAACUAUCAAUUAGCAGAACUUGUUAAAGUCGAAGGUUAUCCUGCAUUGAUUGCAACGAUUGCGAAAUUCACUGUCACCAGCUUACAGGUAUGCUCAUCAAGAAUUUUUUGCUGUCCUGAUAUGACGAUAGGAUGGCAAUCAGGUCAGCAUUUACAGAUUGCAGGUUUUUUCCAGGUACUAUAGUUUUCUCCUGUAACGACACGAGACCAAAAAGAGAUCUUUUCUGAAAUUUGUAGAUGUGGCAGUUCUCUCCUAACAGUAUUCAUUAUCUACUGGGUCUGUGGCAAAGAAUGGUUUGUUCAACACCUUAUAUCAAGUCAACUGAACCUCAUUUAUUGGAAACAUAUACGCCAGAGGUAACCUGUCCCAUUUUUAGACUAAGUAGUUCUCAUCGUGCCAAAGUAAGUUGGAUAAAAAUGCAUGCAGACAAACUGUGUGUUGCAUAAUCUGUGUGUAUUUUUUUCUAGAUAACAAAAGCAUAUAUUACGUCUAGAAUAGACAGUGUCCAAGUUGUUAUACGGUAAGUGCUGCCUGUGUUUAUUCAUUUUUACACCGAGACUGCUCCGUCGUCGUCGUCUUAUACAGUUGUUGGUAGUACCGCGCUAAGAUUACGUUGAACGCAAUUUGAACACUAACGAAUCACAAGAAUAGGAGGAAAUGUUUCUAUCUUUUAGGGACAACAUAGAAGAUCCACUUGAUGAUCUAGGAACAGUGGCACAACAACUCGAACAGGUGAUUGAAUUCCUUUUUAUCAUUUAAAGAUGUGCUCAAGAUAUUCAAAUAAUACAUUUAAAUCAUUCUAAUGCGUUUUGUCGUCUAUCAUAGAUUUCAACAAUUGGGCGUUUUGAAUACCCAAAGACUUGUACUCUUCUCAUCUCGACAUUUGAUCAAAAUGCACAAUCGUUUGAAGAAGCUAUUCAACCUGGUUCUUCAUCUUCAUCAAACAUACCACUUUAUGAAGGUUGGUUUUCGUUUUGUUAAAACUUUAUAUAUGUACAAUCAUUGUAAAAAUUUAUGUAUCAAAUUUGUCUACUAAAUGUUUGUUUGUUAUUUUUAGGUCGUUUAACGUGGCUUGUUUAUAUAAUCGGAGCAGUGAUCGGUGGCCGUGGUUCGACUUACACAACGUUCGAAGAGUAUGAUGCUUUAGACGGAGAAUUAGUUUGCAGGUUCAGUAUCAUUUCUUAAUUUUCAAACAUAGAAAUCCAUGACCAGAUUAAAUUACUCAGCAUCUCCAGUUCUGUGGUUUUCCUUCUUCACCAAAAACCUAACCCUUAGACUUUAUUUGAGCACGUGUAUCAUAUUAACUAGUUUAAAUUUGAUUUCUCUAUAUUAAAGGGUAUUGCAGUUAAUGACUCUCACGGAUAGCAAACUAUCACAGGUACAUAUAAGCACUGGUAUAUAAUAUAUUAUAUAUGUACGUUAAGGCCCGUUAACACUUGCAAUUUUCGCUUGUGAUUUCCUAUUCUGAUGCAUGUGAACGAGCGAAUGAGUUUUGAAUGUUCUUACGGUAUACAGUAUGCAUGCACCCAUCUCAACAUUCACAACUCAAUCAUGAGAGCAAGUGCAUGUCUAUAUAUUUUGUUUUAUUUUUUCAUAGAGAGGCUGUGAAAAAAUGGAGCUUUCGUAUCUCAGUUUCUUUGACCAGUUCAGAAAAAUCUAUGUUGGGGACCAGGCUCAGAAGACGUCUAAGGUUUGCUAUACAAAUAUACUGUACUGUACAUAUAUACCGUGAAUUAGGGCAAAAAAUCAUAAAUCUAGUUAAAAUUGAAAAAUGGCUUUUUGUGUUUUCAGGCGUAUAGGAUAGUGUCUGAACGUCUUGGUCUACAUGACGAGUCAAUGGUCUUAAGUGUUUUUGUUACGAAAAUGUAAGUUAUGAUUUUUGGUACGAGUUGGUCAAUUUUAAUUGGUUGUGCUUGUAAAGUAUGAUAGAAGACAUGAUCAUUUUAUUGUAUUAUUUCAUAUUCCUACCUAUUCAUUUUUUUCAAAGAAAGGACGGUUUUGUAAUAAAUGACCGUUCUUAAGUAUGCUUACGUUUUUCUCCUCUAGUGUAACGAAUAUCAAAUAUUGGAUGCGAAGUGACGCCAUUAUUCCCAAGACUCUUCAGCUGCUCAGUGACCUGUCUGUUGGAUAUCCUUUUAAAUUGAACUGACUUUUAAAACAUGACAUACAACAAAUCGAUACUACACGCGAUACCGUUAUUCCCUAGGGCUCCAAUAUACGCCAUUCACGAACUACUUUUAAGUGGGAAACUAUACUGACUCGUAUCCCGUCCCUCGUUAUGGAACAUAUCAAAUUUUCAGCUAGCAAUGGCGACCCAGUUUAUGAAAUUAUUUGUAAGCGAAUGAGGUUUGAAAAGAAUGCAUGUUCGUCCCAGUGAGCUCCAUAUAUAUCUGGUGUGAAAAUUCACAUCGAAAAAGUGAAACCAAAGAUGGCGGAAAUUGACGUCCAGUCCCUUUCUGGUGUUUUUGCCGGCGCGGUUAACACAAGGCUGCAAGAAGUGUGCCGAAGUUUCGUGUUUUGACUUCAUUUUAAAGGAUAAUAUUAUAGUUUUAUGAACUGAUAACUUGAUUAGCGAUACGAUCUGUUAGAAAAACUAGAAUUAGCUGGGGAAAAUGGUAUAAAACUAUUUACGACCUUCAUAGAUUUUGAACGUCAAUGGCCGCCAUCUUGGCUUCGCUUUUUUGGCCGAAUUUGUUGCUCCAAGUAUAUAAUGGAGCUCACUGGUUCGUCCCCAUCAUGCGUCACAUACCUCACCAAGAAGACUGGGUGCGGAGUCAAACUACGAAAUAAUCGAUUAUUAUUUCUUGACUAAAUUUACCUACAGCAGUGUAAGAAAACUACAGAAGCUUGAAGCAGUACAGUUUAUACUUAGAAAUCAUACAGUAAGUUAUUCCAUGUAUUUACAUGUAUCGUAAUAACGGAUGGUAUAUGUGCGCGUCGAGUUAGUAGCGGACAUCUGAAUUAACUAUUUCUCAUGAAAACAUUAGACGUCUAGUAAUGGCCAUGUGUCCCUGUUUGUCCAGUAUUUCUACAGGCGGAAACCGGAGUACCCAAAGAAAACCUGCGGUGUUUGGUAGGGUCAAACUUGAAGCACUUUCUCUCAAGAUACUGAGGUGAAAGGCACACUACGAUCAACCGCGAUACUAUAGGCUGCAAUUUCCAACAAACUUUACACGCGGCUCUUCGGAAAAGCAUUGUGUAACGAUGGUUGCCCCUGACAACUAAACAUUGUAGGUUUUUUUUGACAUAUAAUGUUUAGAACCAGUGUUUUGCUAAUUUACUGCAAAUUUUACUUUUCACCCAUUUAUAGGACGAGUUGCAACUGUUACUCUGCCUAAAGUUGUACUGAAAUUUAAAGCUUUCAUUUCUUCUUCCUAGGCGGAACAUUUUCCAUUUCUUGGCGCGAACACUGGUGGCCAGUAUACUGACAUGAGAUGUAGAACCACAUUCUAUGUCGCUUUGGGAAGAUUACUGAUUGUUGACCUUGGAGAAAAUGAGGAAAAAUUUGAACAAUUUAUGAUACCUUUAUCAGGUUGUAAUUUAUGGCUUGAUGCCUGGGAAAAGAACAUUGGCGCAUGUAUUUAGCGAGUUCGCCUAUGCACAUCUCAUUGGUGUGAUUGGGAAGUAAUCCAACUCUUCCCUUGCAUAGUCUACCACAUGUUGAAAGUUGUUGAACACUCCUUACAGUCAUCCCUCUUCUUGCUGCUUCGUCUCCCUUUCUUCUCAUGCUUGCUUCGUGUUGUCUUGUCUUCAGGAAGUCACUCGUGUCUGAGCAUCAUCUUUCAACAUCCUCCGCCAUACUCCUCUAUCUUGUGUGCUUCUUCCUUAAUGUAUAGGCCCACUCCAAAUUCCUUUAAGCUUCUCGCUUCACUCCUUAAUUUCGUUCUUCCCUGUGACUGUUUUCCGGUCUCCAGUUCAUCAAACAUAAUUUUUUUCGAUAACAUGUCCUUCAUUCUUUUUAUAAGCCCACACCAUCGCACUGUUAUUUCAAGAUGUCAUGCAUCUCUUCUAUAUUUUCUCUCUCCAAGACGGCGUUAUUGUUAAUUCUGUUCUGCCAUUCCACAUUUAGAAUCUGUCGAAGACAGAUUCCUGGUAGUAAUAGCAUCCACGUGACAGUUCUGUAAAGCAAGAGAAGGGCCAAAAGGAUUUGACAAAUUGUAACCGACACAAUCUAAACUAACUAAAUUUGUACUAACUGUACACAUGCUGCAGACGUCGAACUCACUGUGGAGUUGAAAAUCACAACUUAACCACUGUUCUACGAACACUCCACCAUAAUCAAACAUAUAUCUGAUUGUGUAUAUUGUGGGUUUUCUAGGGACAUUUCGAACCAUAACAUCCAGACUUAUAAAGGGUGAUCCGAAUGCAUUUCAAAUCGAUGAAACAAAGGUAUUUCAUCCCAUGUCCUUGAUAAAAUAUAUAAUCUUAUCUUUGAGUACUUGAUAAAAUAAAACUUAAUAAAUUAUUUGUGUCUGAUAAGUAUAUAUAACAUAAUUCUUAUAGAGAAUUCUGGUCGGUAUUUGUCGGGACUUAACUGGCUUGACGCUUGCACUAACAAGUAAAGCUAGUUAUAUGAUGUUAUUUGAUUGGAUGUAUCCUUAAUUGAUGUCGUAUAUACUACACUGUAAUGCUAUUUACCUAUUUAUUUGAUAUAUGUAUACAUUCAGAUAGAUGAACACUUUGAACACAGAAGAGAAAUAAGAAUGAAGAGAAAUGUCGUUGUCGUUAUUGUUGUUGUCAUCGUUGUCGUCAUCGUUCUUGUUGAUGUCGUUAUUGUCGUUUUUAUUAUUAUUAUUGUUAUUAGUAUUGUUGUUGUUGUCGUUGUCGUUGUUGUCGUCGUCGUCGUCGUUCAUUUGUUGUUGUUAUCGUUGUCAUUCAUGUUGUUAUUGUUGCUGUUGUAGUCCUCUUCGUUUGUUGUUGCUGUUCUUGUUGCUAGUUUCCAUGUUGUUAUCGCCUUAAUAAAGAGCUAGAUACCCACAAUUCACACCGGUACUGGUGCGUGCAUUAGAACUAUGGUAUCAUGACCCUAACGUAACUACGCCAGUUUUAAAACUUAUGACGGAGUUAAUGCAGAACAGAUCUCAAAGAUUACAUUUCGGAGUUUCCUCACCAAACGGAAUACUUUUGUUUCGCGAAUGCAGCAAAGUAUUAGUAGCAUAUGGUAAGGUGACAGAGAAUCAAUUUAUCUUUAAGACUCGAACUUAAGAUGGCUUCAGACCGGUUUGACGUCGUCCUGGUCUUAUGUAAACAAGUACUUCUUUCUCUGUCGACAUUUGUUUAUUUUGUUCUGUUUCAGGUUCACCUAUUCUAACCAUCAGCGAUGUACCCGCAGACAGAGCAUACACUUUGAAAUAUCCUUUUUAA